AUGGAAAAAUUUAUUGUAGUGAAAGAUUCCAUGAAAAAAGUUCAGCGUUUCGGUCUUACCGGUCGUAAAAUGGAAUUCAAAAUUAAACCAGUGCCCAGUGGUGAAGACCCUAUUAAAUGGACAAAGGGGGCAAUUGAAGAUAUUGUGAAAAAAGGGACCGAGGGCGUAGCCCCAAAUGAUCAAGUGGGGCUCAGUUUUUGCUCCAAAGACUUUACACGCGGUGAUGGCUGGAUGAAUUUUAAAACGGCUAGUGAAGUAACUUUUGACGAUACAUGGAAGACAAUAUCUUCCAUAUAUCAAUCUAACAGCACCGGACUAAACACCGAGACUUUCUGUCUCGGUGUUACAGCCGUGAAAAUGCCGAUUGGGCAAGGUCGUGGGGCCAAAUACAAUAGCUUCGAUGAAGAGUGUGGGAUGCGUAAAGGCAUUGUUGCCAUAACAAAUAAAGACAAUCUGUGCCUUCCCCGAGCUCUCGUUGUGGCGAUUGCGCACGCCGAGAAGGACCCAAAUUAUGCGAAAAUAAGAAGAGAUAUCGGAAAGGCACAGACCAUCAAGACAAUGACAUUAGUGGGGGCUGCAGACGUCAAUAUACCGGUAGAGGGGGCAGGUAUACCCGAAAUACAGGUCCUACAAAACUAUUUGGUAGAUUACCAAAUCGUGGUGUAUCAGUACGGAUCCAAGGGCAGGGAUCUGGUUUUUAAAGGGCAGCUGGAGAAGCCUAGGAAACUCCACCUGCUUUACCACCAGAACCACUUCAACGUCAUAACAUCACUGACAGCGGCAUUUUGUUGUGAUUAUUAUUGCGAAGAGUGUAACGUUCCUUACAAUAGUAAAAACAGACAUAGGUGUGGCGGUACAUGCGCGGGGUGUCAACAAUCUCCAGCAUGCCCUACAGACAAUAUGAAAGUGAAAUGCACAGACUGCCUUCGUUCGUUUAGAGGCCCAACAUGUUUCGAGAACCAUAAGAAGGUUGGAUCGGUUGACAAAAGUUCGGUAUGUGAAAGUGUUAGAAAAUGCCCAACGUGUCUCGUCAUCGUAAAAGCAGACAGACCACAUACCUGUGGUGAAAAGUAUUGUUCGAUUUGCAAGAAACACCAGCCACAGCCGCACCAUUGUUACAUGCAGCAGGAUACAGGGUGUCCCAGUAUGAAGAACACAUUGUUUAUCUUCUAUGAUUUGGAAACGAGGCAAGAGAAGAAGUUGGAAGAUGGUAGUUUACUUCAUGAACCUAACUUAUGUGUAUUUCAACAAAGGUGUCAUAAGUGCCUUGAAGAAGACUCCAGUAAACUAAUUUGUGCGUUCUGUGCGGCUAGAUGCCAAAUACUAAAAGGCGACGAUGUAAUUUCUCGCUUUAUAUGUUAUGUGCUUGGUAUAAGAAAACAAUUCAAGGAUGUGGUGGUGAUAGCACAUAAUGGCGGGGGGUUUGACCAUCAAUUUAUCCUGGACUAUAUUCUCCAGCAAACAGACCUGACUCCAGAACUUAUUACCAGAGGUACCAAGUUAAUUCUCAUGUCUGUGGGCAACGUCAAAUUUCUGGACUCACUCAAUUAUUUUCCUAUGGCCCUAUCCAAAUUACCUAAAGCAUUCGGAUUGGCAGAGCUGAAGAAAGGAUAUUUUCCACAUUUAUUUAAUAUUAUGGAAAAACAGAAGUAUGUUGGACCAAUGCCCUCUAUUGAAUAUUAUGAUCCCGACAAUAUGAAGGUUGAAGAUAGGGAAAAGUUCAUUAAAUGGUACGAGGAACGUGUGGCUGAAAACUAUGUGUUCGAUUUCGAGAAGGAGUUUGUUGAAUAUUGUGUAUCUGAUGUCGAUAUUCUCACGCAAGCCUGCCUCAAAUUCAGAAAACUCAUGAUAGACGAGGGGAACGUGUGUCCGUUUACAGAAGCCUCAACACUACCCAGUGCUUGCAACAAGAUUUUCCGCCGCAAUUUCCUCCAGCCCGAAACUAUAGGUAUCAUUCCUAAAAACGGGUACAGGUUAUGCGAUAACCAAAGUAAGAUCGCGCUCCAAUGGUUAUUGUGGGAGGAACAAGAAAGAGGGGUUGAAAUCAUACAUGCUGCAAAGCAGCAGGAAAGUAUUGUCGCAGGAUGUAAAGUAGAUGGGUUCUGUGAAAAAUCAAAACAAGUGUUUGAGUUUCACGGUUGUUAUUACCACGGGUGCCCUAGAUGUUACAAGCACGAGCGCCAGGUACCGCUGAAAGACGACCCUACACAAACAUUGGAUUCCCGGUACGAAAAUACGGUUACGAAAACCCAGCAUUUAAUAGACCAAGGCUACGAGGUUGUGGAGAUGUGGGAGUGCGAUUUCCGGCGCAAUAUGAACGAUGAAAUCAGACAAUAUACCGAAGACCAUCCUCUACUUAUCAAUUUACCACUAAAUCCGCGCGACGCUUUUUACGGGGGCCGUACGGAAAAUAUGAAAACCUAUUACAAGUGCCGGGACGGAGAACAAAUCAAAUACGUCGACGUUUGUUCGCUUUACCCGUGGGUGAACAAGUACGGAAAGUACCCCGUAGGACAUCCGGAAGUUAUCGUCGGUAAUGAAAAGUGCAAUAAACUUAAUCUGCUUGAAACAGAUGGACUGAUUAAAUGCAGAAUUCUUCCACCUCAGCAGCUGAUCCAUCCCGUAUUGCCCGUAAAACUGAACGAUAAACUCAUGUUCGUGUUGUGUUACACGUGCGGUAAAACAGGGGCCAGAGAGUGUAGUCAUAGCGAUGAAGAGCGGAUAAUUAACGGAACAUGGGUUAUUGACGAAGUGGUGAAGUCGGUUGAGAAAGGGUACCUUAUACUAGAUAUUCAGGAAAUCUGGAAGUAUAAGGUAACCCAAUAUAAUCCGGAGACAAAAGAAGGGGGUUUAUUUAAUGGAUACAUCAGCAAAUUCCUAAAAAUAAAACAAGAAUCAUCAGGCUGGCCUUCAUACUGUACAACGCCCGAAUCCAAAGACCAAUACGUACGUGAAUACCUGGCAAGGGAAGGUGUUACGCUAGAUCCCCAAAAGGUGGCUGUAAAUCCGGGCCUUAGACAGUUGGGUAAAGCGGUUAUCACCUCGUUUUGGGGCAAGUUAGGACAGAGGGAAAAUCAGGGAAAGACGUCUAUUGUGAAUAGGCCAGAAACCCUGUUUUCCAUGCUAACUAACCCUGCAACAGACGUCAACUCCAUACUGCCUGUGAACGACGAUACUUUACUGGUAAAUUGGUCGUUUAAAGAUGAAGCGUACGAUGUUUUACCAACAGUAAAUGUAUGUUUAGCCGCAUACACCACGGCUCAAGCCCGCCUGAAAUUAUAUAGCUACCUGGAAAAAGUUGGUGAUAAUGCUAUUUACACGGACACCGAUAGCGUUAUCUACCUAUCGAAGGCAGGGCAAGAAGAUAUUCCGCUUGGAAAUUUUCUGGGAGAGAUGACUGACGAGCUGGAGGGGUAUGGCGAGGGCAGCUACAUUGAUGAGUUUGUGUCGGGAGGGCCUAAGAAUUAUGCGUAUAAGGUAUAUUCUCCUAAGACCGGGGAAUAUUUCAUAACGUGCAAGGUUAAAGGUCUUUCCCUAAACUACAACGCCUCUCAAACCGUGAAUUUUGAAACCAUAAAAUCCAUGGUUUUAACAGAAGAAGAGCCCGAACCUGUCCCAAUAAUAUACAAACAGAUACGGAGAACCGGGGAUCACAAAGUUAUGACUACACAACUGACUAAACUAUACAGACCGUUGUCGACCAAACGGAAAUUCGACGAGCAAGGUGGUUCAUUACCGUUCGGGUUUAAAAAAGCUAGACACUGA